UUUUUAUUUAUUUUUUUCUAGUUUUGUGGAUGAGUAUGAUCCAACAAUUGAGGAUUCCUAUAGAAAACAAGUUGUUAUAGAUGGAGAGACUUGUUUACUUGAUAUAUUGGAUACUGCUGGACAAGAGGAAUAUAGUGCAAUGAGAGAUCAGUAUAUGAGAACUGGAGAAGGCUUUCUUUUAGUAUUUGCAGUGAAUAACACCAAGUCUUUUGAAGAUAUCAGUUUAUAUAGAGAACAGAUUAAGAGAGUUAAAGAUGCUGACGACAUUGCAAUGGUUUUGGUAGGUAAUAAAUGUGAUCUGCCGGCAAGAACUGUCAACACCAGACAGGCAGCGGAACUGGCCAAGAAUUACGGCAUACCAUUUAUUGAGACCUCUGCAAAAACAAGAAUGGGAGUUGACGAUGCGUUUUACACCCUAGUAAGGGAAAUACGCAAAGAAAGAGAACGAAAGUUGAAAGCUAAUCAUAAAAGUAAAAAACGUCGAUGUAGAUGCUGUAUAUUAUAGGCAUUAAGAAACAAUCGUUUACAAUUUUCUACACCGAAAUAUUCGAGUCUUCGAAAAAAUGAAGUGUUUGCAUUUUUACAGAGCGUGUUCUUUAUACAUAUAUUUUUUUUAGUAAACCGAUUUAUUUUACCGUAAAUCCCACGUAUCGUGAUUGCAGUCGUCGUCGUUUUAUUUUACUACGUCGUAAAUUCUUUCUUAUAAAUUCUUAAAUUUUACUGUAUCGACCUGCUUAUUUUUAUUAUAUACGAACGUAAGCGUGCGCUUCGGCCCUCUUUAAACGCUAGCUUAAAAAAAGACGCCAAAUUUUCCCGGCAGACUCGGAACGUGGCGACGAUUUUUCUCGCGCGGUACCGUCGCAAUUAUCGCGGCGUUUGGGUUUAGUCGCAGAGUUCCGGCACUAGCGGUAAAAUUGCCACGUUUUCCGCCCGCCAUUUCCAUUCGAAGAGACACUUUCAUAUUUCGACUAGGAAAAUGUCGUUUCCAGAUUAGUAUUCUUUCGGUUUUUCGCAUGGGAAUUAGAUUAAUGAUGAUUGCCGUAUUGUGUAAAUUUGAUCCCACUCGUAUUUAUCAACAAUCGAGUUGAUGUCGAGGUACAGUACAAUAGCAGUAAUUUCGAAGAAAAUUUGAAUGUUUCGGCGUUUGGUCGUGCGGCGAGUUCUAGCCGACGCGUCUAAAAUCGAGGCAUUGUCGAAGGCACGCAAAAUGGCGGCAUAAAAUUUGCUAAUUAUUUCUCUUAAAAUUAAAUUAUAUAUAUCUUUUUUGAAUUAACGGAAUUAACAUCUGUACCUUUUUUUCUUGCCCACGUGCGUUGCAAUUUCGAACAUAAAGUUUAUGUACGAUAAAUAUUUGUCGCAUCGCACGUUUCUAACGUACUUGUAAGUCGUCGUCACGCAAUAUGAAGGGUGAUUAAACGCUACAAUCGUUUUCGAGAUUAUUUAAAUUCCCUUCUCGGUCGAAGUCUCUGGAUUUUUCACUUUUGACUUCGUGUUUUAUUCCCUUCUGUGGCAUGCGUUUACAAUUAAAUGUAGAGAAUUUGCGAAGAUUCUUCUCGUCUCUCUCCGAAUUUUAGCUUUACUUUUUCGCGACUUCUCUGUCAAUU